AAUGAACAACAUUUCACUUCUGUUUUCACUGAGGAGUGAGUCCUCUGUCAGAGUCAUAGACGAUCUUUGUCAAACUGAGCCUGACGUCACUUCCGUGCUGCGUGGAGUUAAAACCUAAAACAUCUUACGUCACGUUAGCGUCCUGUCUCCAUAGCAACAGACAUAGUCCGAGACACAGAAACAAACAGGUACCAUGUCCUCCCCCAGGCUUGGUGUGAUGAGAGACUCCAUGCUGACCAACCCGCUGCACAUCAAGGCCUCUCUAGGUCGGUCCGUCUCCAGAGGGUUUUCAGUUCCUGGUCCAGAUUUCACUUUUGGGAUGAGCAACGACUCAACUGACGGGGGCGUGGCCGAAGUCCUCUCCAGCUGGUUGGUGCAGAGGCGUUCUGACUCCGCCCCCUCGCAGCCCCUCCCUCCGGACUUCCUGUCUCUGAACCGAGACGCUGUGCGCUCCGGCAUCGUGACGUCCAAGGAGCUGAGCCAAUACCGCGCUCAGAUGGGCGGGGCCUAUAGCCAGGGCCACGCCCCCACACCACAGAAGGGCGGGGCUUCACGGCGCCCGGCGGUGCCCGACAUCACGUUCGGAGUCACGACCAACAGGGCGUCAGACCCGCUCAGCGUCCUCCUCUCUCAUCAGUACGGACAGCGCUGGCUGGACGAACAGAUUCAUAACAGCAGGAAUCAAACCAGCAAGCAGCAACAGAAGAGGUUUAAAGCAGGGUGUAUCCCAGACAGGAGGAGCAGAGAGCUGACCGUCUCUCCCCUUCGACACACACUGCCCCCCCUCACACAGGUGGCUCCGGCUCUCAACACCUUCAGGGACCCAGAGGCUCGUCAGCGGGCCCUCAGGAGUCUUCAGGCCCGGAGAGGCGUUCAGGGUCCACUCUGAUGAGGAGUAAUCAUGUUCAACACCAAUAAAAAGGCUCCGUAAAUCUGAGUGU